AGGACAUGUGACUCACUUAUUCCUUCCUUCAUCGUUCUCUUCCCCCCCGCUCCAAACCGCUUUCCACCCAAACAUCUGCUAUUUUCUCCCCCACAGGAUGACGUCUGACGAGAGAUACCGGUUUCCUUUCUUGCUAUAGUCACCAGUAUGUGUGUACAGCUAGAAAGACAACGUUGCCAAGCUGUACAUACGGCACAGGUAGUUUGUUUUUGUAAUACCAUAGACUCCAUUAAUAUAUGAACGCCUGUAAAUCUAAUACAGUGUAAAACAACAACCUUUCAAUAAAUCCCACUUUCCCUCAUGUAAAAUGUUCAGAUGUUCUUCAAAGUAAGAGAUGUCUUGAUUCUUCAUAGGCCUUUUGGAGAUGCUUUCGUUGACUCGCUUGCAUUCUACUGAGAGGUCAAAGUUACCAUACAGUUGAAAAACACUUGUUGGUAAGGUUUAAAACACAAAAAUGACUACUUAAAUUGGUUGUUUGGUAAGGUCUGAUGAUAAUCGUGUCACUGAACGUAAAGUUAUUACUGAGAAGAUACUGUUUGUGCUGAGUAAGUGUCAUGUUGUGGUGGGGCAAGAUGCUCUUAUCUUGCUAAACAACGGUUAAACGACGCAGAGCUGCUGACUCCAUCCUGGGUUUGCAGAUUAAAACUGACAACGACGCAUUAUCGUGUCCAUGUGGUUAGGAUCUGCAAGCUCAAUGCGCACUCUGUGGUUAAUGAGAACACCAUGCAGGGAGACGCAUUGGUAUUAACUGCGGAUCAACUAUUAAAACUCCCUUUGCUGAGCGUGCUCUCACUCUGCCCACAACUGUGGCAGUCAACAUUAGAUUAGGAUGUACAAUCUCUGAAAAGAACAAUCUUCACCCACAACUCGGCGGGCACUCGGUUGAACGUCUUGAUAAAAGUUACAGCUGACACAAAUGUGAGGAAGUGAUAUUUGCAGAAAUGACAUCGGUUCAGCUGACUCUGAGCUGGCACACUUGGCACCAAAAUGGCCUUUCCAAAUAAAUUGCAAAAAGCUUUCAGCUGCGAAAAAGGUUGCUUUGGUCAGUCGUGUUCCUCAAAUCCUAAACUAAUUUUAAAAAUACUCGUGUGUGCUUCACACUGUGUGUAGAUGUGUGUGUAUAUGUGUGACUGGCUGAUAAAACAGACUUCCUGUUGUUGUCAAACUCAAACGAUAUCUACAUGAUGUACAUUUGGAACUAGUACAACUUACAAAGUGACUGAUGGAAACACAAACACCGUAGCAGGAUAAGUACAUAUAUAUGUUUUAUUUUCACAUUAACAUAGAAACAUACCUUUCUAUCUCCUGGUCUAGUGGCAUUAACAAUAGGCAACAUGUCUUUGAUUUUGUAGGACAAGUUUUUUUCUACAUUUUUUUUGGCACUGUAUUAAAAUGUGUUGACAUGCAAGGUGUAUACAUAUAACAGAACCACUAUUAUCUCUUACAUUUUACAUCACUGGCGCAUAAUUUGAUCCUUAUAAUGUACAUUCAUACAUUACAUAUACAUUUAUUAAGAUGCACCCAUAUAACAUAACAUAACAUAUUUUAUAUAUUUCGUUUGUUUCGAAAUAUCACUUCCGCAAACCCAGAAUAACGCACAUUUAUUGCACCACCUCGUCAUUUGAAGAGGGUUGUUUUCUUCAGCUCUUUCAGACAGCAGAAGUAAAAAGUAAAAUAAGCCGUCUCGCUUGAGUUUACCGUCACCAUGGCUACCUCCAUGGUUACCUCCAUGGUUACCUCCAUGGUUACCUCGCAACGCACAGCGCGGUGACAUCGCCGCGGAAGAGAACUUCGUUGGGAGAAAGCGCGAUUUUGUCUUAAUCAAAAUCAGAAAAUGAGCUCAUCCGUCACCCACACGACUCUUAAGAGCAACGAUUCCUCCAAAGUUGCGAGGGAGCAACGUGUUUACGACCACCUGUAUGAUCCGGUUUACACGGUGUCAUCCGAGGUGGACCGGGCCAGGUGCCCCCUCAAAGUCCGAACGAGGAGACUGAUUAAUUUUGGGUCAAUGUUCAGUGAACUGCCCCACCAUCCACGGUACACCAUUCAGCUGGACACCAGAGACCCGGUACCGGCCUCUGUGGACGGCCGCUGGCGAGGUCACAGAGGUCACGAGGAGCAGCGCAGAGAGGCGUUGCAGCAGCUGGCCGGGGUUAUUCCAAAUGCUCCGUCAUGGCUGAAACGGGAGGAGUGCCACGUGACCGGAGCUGAUCGAUGGAAAUACUUUAAACGGCCCCUGAUUCCCUUUCCACAGCCGAUUCCACCCGAUGCAAUUUUUGCGUUGCCUAAAGAACACUUUGUAUCUUCCGGUGGAAAGAAUGCAGAGCAUUCUGAACAGAGCACCCACUUCACCGUGGGGGUCCAGACAGACUACAGGGAAAGUGAAACACAGACAGACCCGUACAGCCCCGAGUAUACAGUGCAACCUGGGAGAACUCCGUCAGAACUCCUGCAACUGGCCACCUUGACUUGGGGUCGUGGUCUGCCUGCAGGCCUGGCAGAAGUGGAAAUGAUAGAGCGAGCACGGGCCAAACGAGCUUGGGAGGCCACCCUUCCUCCAUUGGAUGACCUUAGUCAGCUUGACAAAAGGAGACGGAUGAUGGAGGAGAUGGAGGUCAAAGAGUGGGCUUUCAGGGAAGGAGAAAUCCAGAAGUUGCAAGAGGCCCGUCUCACGGUGCUGAAGGACCUCUUGAGGCAAAGAGAUGAGGCCCAGAAAGAAGUCACAAACGAGAGACUCAACCACAUAUAUGCUAAGCACCAAAAAGACAAAGAGACCAAGCUACACAAGAUUCACAAUGACUACGUCAGGUCGCUCAGAAAACUGGAAGCUAAGCGGAAAAAUGUGGAGGGGGAGAUCGAGCAACUCGGCAGUGUCAAAAACUAUACAAAUAUUCAGAGACGUGCCCCUCGGAGCCGCAGGGAUCCAUUCUCCAACAGCAGCACCUGCAACUUUGAGAUAAACAGCCACUACUUGAACACAUAUGAAGGUUUGCAGGAGCUAGAAGCAGGACUCCCUGCCUCAGUCUUCAAGUCGUUGGGGAAAACAUAUAAACCGAUCAAGAGUGUGAUCAGUCCACCCGGAAGCACAGAAGUAGAACUGAUAGAAAAGUACAAGGCCCUGAUAGCAGAGGAGAAAGCGCCUAAGAAGUCUUCCCGUUAUCUUGUUAAGUUGAAGCCGGUUGCUCGUCCCGUCACUCCAAGAGUGGAGGAGCCACCGGAGGGGGAUGAGGAGAAGGAGCUCGCAGUCAUCAGCUUGCAGAAACUACUGAGAGGAAGAAGUGUCCAAUGCAAGAUGUUAAAGGGAAAAGAGAACAAUCUGGAGCUCAUUCGGGAACUGAGGACAGUCCACGCCCUGCAGGGAGAGGAGCAACAGCGACUGAAUGCUGACAAAGGGCUCGUGAUGAACCUUAAAAUACAGAUGGACAAACACAGGCACAAGGCUUCCCAGGAGGAGGCCUCCCAGGCCAGAGUGGUGGGUGCCGAGCUUGAACUCCUCUUCGACACCCUGUCCAAGGAGCUGAUUCACCUCCAGGAGGAGCGCAGGAUCCAUGCCUUCAUGCUGCUGGCGGAGCGAGACCGCCGCCUACGAGAGGCUGAGGAGAGCGGGAGGAGACAGAUGGAGGAGCGCAGACGCAGAGAAGAAGAUGAGAUCUUUAGACAGGUGGUGCGAGUGCACCAGGAGACUGUGGAUUUGUAUUUGGAGGACAUCAUCCUCGGGGCCGUGGAGCAGACAGCUGACCAGCAGGCACGAGAGGAUAUCCACAGGAGGGCAAAGGAGGUCAACGACAUCGCUUAUGCCGUGGAGGAAAGCCGAAACAGUCUUCAGUCGGAGGAGAUUGUGUCUGAGUUGAUGUACAGUUUCCUCAUCCCAGAGGUCGAGAAGAUCGCUGUCAGGCAAAGAGUGCGCCAGAGGCAGCUUAGACACCUGCAGGCAGCUCGGAGCAUCAUUCAGGGAACCGCUGAGUGCUCCGGGAUCCUUCCUAAUACUCCCGGGACGUCCUUGUUGACCGGUCCCUCUGAAAGAUCCUCCAACCGAGGAGAUGAUCAGCCAAGUGGAGCAGGAGGAGGAGAAGAAAACUAAUCAACUCCAUUCAAACAAAUACAUAGAAAUAUAUUGUGUAGAAAUGCAGUCUGAUACCUACAUUUGUUGUUCAGCCUUUUGAUUAUUAGUACUUUAUCUAUCUUUAUCUUUAUGUGCCGUAUAUUCCCACCUUUUUUUCGACGGGGUCCAAGUACAAGCUCCACUUCUCUCUGGGUACUGAGUGCCCGAUAGAAGGCCUGCAUGUAGUGCACCCUUAAUAAAUUGAUUCCUUUUCUCUGCCAGAAUGAA